UAGCCCGCCCGUGCCGAGGAUGAAGUUUGGCAAGACCUUCGAGUCCCACCUGACGAUCGAGUGGCGCCAGCAGUAUAUGCGAUAUGGGGAUCUCAAGGAGCUGAUCAAACAGGGCGUGGAAAACGCCCCCUCGCCGCUUACUUCCUCGGACUACGAAAUUCAGGCCUAUUACAGGGCCUUUGAGGAGACCUUCCUCACCGAAUGCCAAACGGAACUGACCGGGGUGAACAACUUCUUUCUGGAAAAACUGCUCGAAGCCCGCCGUAAACAUGGCCACCUGAAGCUUCAGCUUCUCGCCUAUUCCCGGGAACCCGGACACACAGGCAGUGACUCGUCGCUGUCACAGCGAGCCGAAAGGAGCCAAAAGAAGAUAAUGACCACUCGCCAGCUGAGAUACGCCUAUGCUGAGUUCUAUCUGAGUCUGGUGCUCAUCCAGAACUACCAGUCGCUGAACGAGACGGGCUUCCGCAAGAUCUGCAAGAAGUACGACAAAAACUUGCGCUCCAGUGCGGCAGGCAGGUGGUUUACGGAGAACGUAGUGGAUGCCCCCUUUACGGAUGGACGUCUAUUGCAGCGCAUGACCAUCGAGGUGGAGGAUCUGUACACGGCCCACCUGGCGAACGGGGAUCGCUCGCUGGCCAUGGAAAAGCUCAGAGUUCCGCCAUUGGGCGAGCCCACUCCGCCAUCGAUGGUCUUUCGUGCGGGCAUCGCUCUGGGCAUGCUAAUCAUGCUGCUCGUGGUCACCGCCAUCAGCUACUGGAAACGAGCUCCAUUGGAGGAUCAUACCCCGGGUCUGAUGAGCCUGUACCGCGGUCCAUUCACCUGGGUGAUCUUCAACUUCUACAUGGCCGCCAACGUUGCCGGCUGGCAGCAGGCCGGAGUCAACCAUGUCCUGAUCUUUGAGAUAGACCCCAGAAGUCACCUGCAGCCGGCCACAUUUCUGGAAAUCGCCUGCACCUUCGGCAUUCUUUGGGCCCUGUCCAUGUUGGGGUUCCUGUACAAUGACUUGAUAGGUGUGUCGGAUCCGUUCGUCUUCCCACUGGCCCUAAUCCUGAUCAUGGUUGGCCUGCUGGUGGUGCCUCUGCCAAUAAUGAACUGGCCGGCCAGGUGGUGGACCAUCAAGCUGGUGGGUCGCGUGAUCAGCGCUCCACUGCACUACGUGGGAUUUGCCGACUUCUGGAUGGGCGAUCAGCUGAACUCGCUGGUGACCUGCAUUGUAGAUUACUAUUACACAUUAAGGUUCUAUGCGAUAAGUUGGCUGCGAUAUGAACGGGUUAACAACUGCUUUGAGCCGGAUGUGAUUGUCCCGAUUACCAUGUGCCUGCCCGGCUGGUUUCGAUUUGCUCAGUGCCUGCGAAGAUUCAGGGACAGUGGUUCCAAGUCGGUGAGCUACCUGAUCAAUGCGGGAAAGUACUCAACCACGUUUUUGGUGGUACUCUUUGCGACGCUGCGCAGAAACUCGGAGGGUGAGUAUGCCAGUACGUUCAGCAACCCCUACACCUGGCUAUUCCUCGCGAGCUGCGUAGUGGCCACCGUCUACUGCUAUUUGUGGGAUGUUAUUCGCGACUUUGGGCUCUUCAGGAUUAUGAGCGGUGAGCGUAUAUUCCUCAGAAAGCAACUGGUCUAUCCGCAGGCCUUCUACUACUUUGUGAUCGUAGAGAAUCUGGUGCUGCGGCUCUUCUGGGCCGUCGAGUUCACCAUUCUGUACCACAACCUGAUGACUGCCUAUAAUAUGAGGACCAUCUGCAGUAUCCUGGAGAUUACUAGACGCUUCAUUUGGAACUACGUGCGCCUGGAGAACGAGCACUUGUUCAACUGCGGAAACUUCCGCGCCACAAGGGACAUCCAUUUGGCAGCCCUGAAUCCUCGCCAGGAACGAAUGCUGGAGAGCAUGAUGGACGAGUCGGAUGGCGUGUCGAAUCGACGCAAAUCGAAUGAGCGCAUUCGCCUGAAGAAGGAGUACUUCUAG